UUAGAAUUUUGUAUAAAUUGCACAUAUUUUGUUUAGUCAUCUUUUGUUUUGGUGCAAUUUUUAACAAAAAGUGGUCAUAUCGUUCCAAUUGUUCGAGAUUAUUAUAGAAUAAAUUUUGAAUUUCAACAUUCCUGUAGUAAUUAGUUUAUCGACAAAAGCAUAAACAUGGAAUUUCCACAUUUAGGACAACAUUGUAAUGAAAAAACAUGCAACAGACUUGAUUUUUUACCAGUGAAAUGUGAUGCUUGCAGUCAAGUAUUUUGUUCCUCGCACUUUAAUUAUGAACAGCACAAUUGUGCCUCCGGUUUGCGUAAGGAUUACCAAGUGCCAUUAUGUCCACUGUGUGGUGAACCCGUACCAACUGCCCCUGGUGUUGAGCCUGAUUUGACGGUGGGACAACACAUCGAUCAACAAUGUAAAUCAGAUUCUCGGAAAAUUUUCACCAACCGUUGUUCCUAUAAAAACUGCAAACGAAAAGAAUUAAUACCAGUUAACUGUUCCCAAUGUAAACGCAACUUUUGUUUGCGUCAUCGUCAUACAGCCGAUCAUGAGUGCCAGUCAUUGUCAUUAACUGCAAAUAAUGUAAAAACUGAAACCGAUCAAAAAAGGAAUAUGGCAGCAAAAGCUGCCGAACAACGACGUACACAAAAACCACCAAAUACUUUAUUUAAUACUGCACCUAAGCCAACUACCGCCGCAGUCAGAGCAGCAGCAGCACAACGUUUGACAGCUGGUUCUAGUCAAAUGCAAACUAUUCAGGGAAACAUAUCAGAGGAUGAAGCAUUAGCUCGUGCCAUUGCCUUGUCCAUUAUGGAAUUAGAUGAAACCAACGAUCGCAAUAGACGUAAUGAAACGGCUGCAGCAGCUGCUGCCGCUGCUACAAAUACACAACGACGCAAUAACACUACCGUUCCAGUGGGAGGUAAUGAUCAGCAGCAAAACUCUAGCAAAGACAAAUGUUCUUUGUCGUAGUUUAAACAGUUACUUAUUUAGCAGCUAUAUGGAAAACUAAAACCUUAUUGAGACCUUGGCCUAAGCAGCGCUUUAGUGUAGACAUCAACAUCAACUAGACAUUAUUUUAAAUUUGUAGAUCUUUAUGAAUUUUAAAAUAGAACUAUAGUUAAUUAGUAAAUGAUUAUAUUGCAGAGAUUGUUAAAACUCUUAAUUUA